AUGCCGAAGCCAAAAUCCUUCCUUAGGGAGACAAAGACAAAGAAGAAGGCUGCCUCAAAACAUGUGCCUGUAACGGCAGAUGAUUUUCUUGCAGCCGGCGUCGAGCUAGAAGAAGCCGGCGAGAAAUGGCGGGCCGGAGAUGCGGCCAAGUCCAUGCGCUUCUUUAUGCGGGCCAUCACCAACUAUGACGAAGGACUACAGAAACAUCCAGGGACAUUUGAUCUAGCUUACAACAACGGCCCAGUUGACGGCGCCACAGGGGAGAUCUUGCAGGUCGCGCUGCAGUCACACCGGGAUGCGCUGGCUUUGGAGCAGGACAAUGCUGACGCGUUGUUCAAUUCGGGCCAGGUGCUGACCAGUCUAGCGGAGUUGAUGUCAAACCUGAAGCAUCCUGACGAAGAACAGCAGAUGCAAGCGGGAACCUACCUACAAGAGGCGGUUGAGCUGUUCCAGCGGUGUCUGAUAGUACAGGAGAUGAAGUACACGCAAAUGCAAGAGGAGAUCGAACAGAUGGAAUCCGGGGAUGUGCCACCGGAGCCGGAGGUUGUACCACAGGCUGCAGAGAAGUCCCAAGCUGAGUCCGCAGGCGAGGAGCAAGAACAGUGGGCGAUGAUUGUGGAGCCCGUCACGAAGAAUACACUCGUGGACACGGCGGUGGCGCAGCUGGAGACCUUGACUACGCUGUGCAACUUGUUGACUUCUAAUCCGGGUGCCGGCGGUGUUGGUUGGGUGCAGGAGUACUCGUCGGAGCUUGUGCAUUCGCGACUGCCUGCUUAUGCCGAAGGUUCGGACAGACAGUAUGAGGCGGCCUUGGCGCGCGCCAAGUUCAUCUGUGCCUUGAACGAUUUGCUCUAUCGAGGCGGACAUACCGAUAUCCAAACUUACCAGCAGGAGGUUGGACAUGUUUUUGGCCCCGAGCUGGAUGUAUCCGCGGACCCUGCAGGACUGUGUGGUAAAGCGGAUGCGCUCACAUCGUUGAACCAGGCGCUUUCAGACAUACCUCCAUCAGAAGAUGACGAGACAUUUGAGAACGCAGUAGCAUUGCGUUGGAAGUCGCUUUCAACUGCCCUGGAUGCAUUGACCGCUGCUAGCAAGCUCCCGGAUGCCGACAACCUGCCCAAGAUCCACCUUGGACGCGGAGACGCCGAGAUGCACAGAUGGCGUCUUGGACGAGCGCCCUGGAACCACGCCAUGGCGAAGCAGAACGGAGCUAUGCUCUUACGCAACGCUCAGACGUACUACCGCGGAGCAACAGCUCUGGCCCGCCGCGACGGAGCAGCCGAGGAAGAACGCGACGGAACUUGCAAGGAGGCGAUUGCUGCAGCGAUCGAAGGCCAGAACACGAAGCUCGAGCAGCUCAAGUCAACGGACCUCCAACAGGUGAUAGUCGUGGCGCAGGAUAUGGUGGAAGACGGAAUGGUUGACGGCAGGGAAUUGAGUGUCCUGAUUUCAUCAUGA